GCGUCAAGUUGCCAGAUCUUGAGCUAAAACUAACUCAUACUAAUGCUCUUGUUAUUUUGAAUAACAUUUUCACGUUGUGGCCUAAUUUGAGAGAACUACGGGCACUUUCAGACAAAGUACUUCAAGGUGUUACCUAUCUUGACAAAGAAAAGGACGCCCGUUGACGCUAUUCUUUCAUGACGUCCAUCAGGGGGCGUGGUUAGAGCAGCCGCUCAGCUGUCAAAUCCACAGACACACGCUGCCUGUCUGUUUGGUGGAGUUCACUGAGUCGGAGGACAAACGUCGAUUUGUGUCAAGCAAAUGUCAAGUUUCCAGAGAGAAAAUGACGCUGCUAAAGCUCUGUUCAGGAGGCUUGAGGUUUUGUAAAUGUCAUACAGUAGCUGAUAUAGUAAAAACCCUCCAGUAGUCAGUGAGUGACCCUUGUCUCCCCCUGUGUUUACACGCUCUGUUGUUCUCCAUGUUUUUCAUCUGAUCCAUGUGGAUGUCUCCGUCUUCCCUCAAGAACAUUUUGUUGAUUUGGCUCCGUCAUGUGCAUUCAUUGUCCGCAGUUACUCCCAUCGUGUCCGGGGAGUACAGUCACCACCGGGACAGAGCGGCGAUGGCAUCCCGGGUUUCCUUCACCCAACUCCGGCUAGAGACGGAGAUGGAGCGCUACCGGGCCGAGUGUCAGUGGGACAAGAUGCCGGCGAUCAUCGACCAGAUGAACGCUGCGAGGUUCCACGAGGACGACGACUACGGGACGCUGAUGAUGGCCGAGGCACUGUUAGAAGAGUGUCUGCAGGAAAACAUGGACCUGUUACGGAGCUCCACGCCUCUGCUCGACAAGACUCAGGCUAAACUGAAACGGGCCAAAGGCCACCUCAACGCCGUCCUCAGCCGGGGCUGUCUCACACCCAGGUAUUUGAACGAGGCUCUGCUGAUGAUGGCCAAGGUGCACUAUGUGCAGGGUCGCUACCGGGACGCCCAGGGAAUGUGCGCCCGGGUGGGACUGGAGGGGCUGACCAGGGAUGACCAGCCGACCUACCACCUCCGCCUGCUGGCCGAGGCUUUUGUCAUCAAAGGUCUGUCCCUGGACCACCAGACAGUCUCUUCAGUGUCUCGUGUGCGUCUGUCAGAGCGAGAGGAGGAGAGUCUGUCCUGCUUCCUCAGGGCCUGUGACGCUGCUCUGUCCUACCUGCAGGAGCUUGACAAGACAGUGUCGACACCCCACACCAAGACAGCCAAAGCCAGUCUCCUUCCACCUGUAGACAUGGAGCUGGGCUACUUCCUGCAGGCUGCAUUACAGAGUGCUUACCUUUGUUUGCUGCAGAGGGGUCAUCUUGCGCAGGGUGCUCACCAGCUGCGUAGGGUGCUCAGGGUGGUGGAGUCACGAGGGUCUCAGAGCUUCAGAAAGUCCGCAGCGAGGAAACUAGCAGAGGUGCUGCUGAGCUCAGUGAGCGAGGACAGCUACUGGCCCCCACUGGGCCCCCCGCCCUCCGCCUGGCUCCACAGAGAGGGAGCGGCCGCCUCCAAAGACGCCGUCUACCCCACUGUUAAACCACCGCAGCGCUACAGCACCGACUGUUGCUUCUGUCCCCAGGACGUUGUGGAGGAGGCUGUGUUGCUGCUGCUCAUCACAGAGUCGAUGGCCAGCGGCGAGGCGGUGAUCAGUCGUCUGCCAGACCAGGCCGACUCUCGCCAGGCCAGCCUGCAGGAUGCCACCUCUGUCUACGACCUGCUCACCAUCGGCAUGGCCAGGAGGGGGCAGUAUGGCAUGCUGUCUGAGUGUCUGGAGCGAGCCAUGAAGUUUGCAUUCAAUGAGUUCCACCUCUGGCACCAGCUGGGCCUGUCACUCAUGGCGGCCGGGAAGGGAGUCGGUGCUGUGUCUGUGUUUAAAGAGUGUGCCAGGAUGAGACCAGAGGAUCCCUCAUUGCCCCUAUUGGCUGCUAAAGUCUGCAUCGGCCAACUGCAAUGGUUUGAGGAGGCAGAGGCUCUGUCGCAGAGUGUGGUGUCGAUGGGGGAUAAAGCCGGAGAGUUUCUACCCAGGGCCUACCUGGCUCUGGGACUCUGCUGCAGUCUACAGGCCUCAGAGGCCACUUUGAAAGCUGAUCGUAACAAGUUCAACAAAAAAGCCCUACAAGCCCUGAGCAAGGCUCACUCAUUAGACCCCCAGGACGCACAGAUUGCUAUGUAUCUGUCUCUGCAGCUGGCACUUGUACGCCAGGUAUCAGCAGCCAUAGAGCCUCUGCAGGCGGCGUUGUCUCUCCGUGGGGACGACUUACACUCCCUCCACCUGCUGACCCUGCUGCUCAGCGCCCAGAAACACCACCGUCACGCUCUGGACACCCUGGGCCUGGCCCUCAGCCAGCACCCCAGCAACUUCAAUCUCUUGUUCACAAAGGUGAAGCUUGAAGAGGCUCUCUUCGGCCCGGCUGCAGCCCUGCAGACCUGUGAAGAGAUGCUGCAACACUGGCAGAGCCGAUACGAUGUCAGCCGCUCCAGUGAGACAGAUGACAGCAGCAGUAUACCAAUGGCUGAGAGGGCAGAGGUCAGCCCCGGAGCUAGGAAACUCUCCAUCCACCUCACCCUGCCUGACUUCCAGGACACCUCCACAGGUUCGCUGAGCCCUUCUUCUGUUGCAGCGUCUCGUCUGGAAGCGGCCCUCUCUGAGGUGUCGGACAUGAGCUCCAUCCGUCGCCAAGGACCCGCCUACAUCUGGACCACCCUGGAACGCAUUUGGCUGCAGGCUGGCCAGUUGUUCAUGGCGGACGGUCGGCUGAAGGAGGCCCAGUUCUGCAUCGCCGAGGCCAGCGCACUCUUCCCCAACUCACACUCGGUGCUGUUGCAGCGGGGCCACCUGGCCGAGCUCCGGGGCCAACUGGACGAAGCCAAAGGCCUGUAUGACAAGGCCUUGGCCCUCCACCCCACAGGAGAGCGCAUCCUCGUGCACAUGGGGCGUCUACUGGUUAAAACUGGGCGUGUCCACCUCGGGGAGAAGGUCCUGCGUGAUGCUGUGCAAGUCCACAGCACCUCACACGAGGCGUGGAGCGGUCUGGGCGAGGCCCUGCAGUCUCGGGACUCCAGCCAGGCCCCAGACUGCUUCCUGACAGCCCUGGAUCUGGAGGCUUCCUGCCCCGUCCGGCCCUUCACCAUCAUCCCCAGGGAGCUCUGAGGGGUCUGCGCUCUGGUGGAAGUUUGGGUUAAAGGAGGCGGCAUGUUGCUGGAUAAUUAUUCACUGAUGCUGAUACAUUUUCAAAAAAGGGCGGUUGGCUUUCGUGGCAGGAGUGUGAUUCAGAGAUUUGAUGCCACUCUCAUAUCUGUUAUAUCAAGUUUAAGCUAGGAGGUGGUUAGCUUAGCUUAAGAAAUAAUCAGGCAAACCCUUUAGUUCAGCCUGUUUUCAGUCAUUAUGCUAAGCUUGGCUAACCAUCUCCUGGCUGUAUCUCCCAUAUUUAACAAACAGAUAUAAGUGUGGUAUAUCACUCUUCAUAUCUAGCUUUCAGUAAGAAUGCAAAUAAGUAUUUCUUUAACAAGUUUAAUGUCAAUAACAAGACAUGCGCAAAUUACUUUUCCAAUUUCACUGACUUUCAUUGUCAGUCUGCUCCCAAAAUACUAUAAAUAAGCAUCCUUAGUGUCUGUAAUUAGUAAGUUAGCUGCUGUAGAUCAACAAAGGGAUUCAGAUGUUUGCAGAUAACAGAGCGAUGUGUAGAGAAAACAGUGUUAUGAUGUAACAAUGUACGUCUCCUAUGGAGUUAUGAGAAGUGAUAGCUCUUUUUGCAAUUAGUGACGAAAGAUGUGUUUAAUCAUCACAAUCAUUGGGUUUUGUUCUAAUGGUUCCCGCGUUGCAGAGAUGUGCUGGUUACAUCUUGAGAUUGAAUGUGUGUUGUUGUGUUACAUGCUGGAGAUGCAGCUACAUUGAUUAUGUACAAGCUGUCAGUCACUGCAGCAGCUCCACUGCCGCUUCAUUUCAGCCUUUGAUGUUUUUUUGAUGAUCAUGUUGAUUGACGCAGCUUUUAUGUGCACACACACACACACACACACACACACACACACACACACACACACGCGCACACACACACACACACAAACACACACUCAUACAUCCUCUCAUCUUCAAAUGAGAGCUCAUACGUCUCCCAGCAGGGGCGUCUGCGUAUCAUUCCAUAUGUCAUUAUCAUGUACGUGUGUGUGUGUCUUCAUAUUAUGUAUCCUCAUGCGUUUGUGUUUGUUUUAAAACUCUUCCCCUGGGGGUGUUAUCAGUCCCUGUUUGUUCUGUUUGUACGGUACAGUAGGCGACUCGUCUGCUCAUAAUGUGUGUGUGUGUGUGUGUGUGUGUUGUUGUUGUUGUUGUUUUUUUGUUUGUUUUUUGUUUGACUCAUCUGUUCGUAAUGCUCUCCGAUAUAAACAACAAUGGCUUUUAUAAAAUCA